UCAGUGACCAUGGAGACCUGGCUCCUCCUCAUCCUCACCACCCUCCUCCUCCUCUCCCUCCUCACCGCACCACUCCUCAGAAACAACAACAAGAACCUCCCCCCGGGACCCACCCACGUCCCCAUAAUCAGCAGCUUCCUCUGGCUCCGCAAACCCUUCUCCGAGCUGGAGCCCAUCAUCCGCGGCCUCCAGUCCCGCUACGGGCCCAUCAUCACCCUCCAAAUCGGCUCCCGCCCCGCCAUCUUCAUCUCCGACCGCUCCCUCGCCCACCACGCCCUCAUCCAAAACGGCGCCGUCUUCGCCGACCGGCCCCCUGCCCUCCCCACCAACAGAGUCAUCAGCAGCAACCAGCACAACAUCAGCUCCGCCGUCUACGGCCCCACGUGGCGCCUCCUCCGCCGCAACCUCACCUCCGAAAUCCUCCACCCUUCCCGCGUCAAAUCCUACUCCGGGGCCCGCAAGUGGGUCCUCGACAUCCUCGCCAACCGCCUAACCGAAUCAUCCCAAUCCAAAGGAAUCAAAGUCGUUGACCAUUUCCAGUACGCCAUGUUCUGCUUGUUGGUGCUCAUGUGCUUCGGAGACAAGCUCGACGAGAAUCAGAUCAAUCAAAUCGAGGAGGUCCAGCGGCGCUUGCUGCUCAGAUUCAGCCGAUUCAACAUCCUGAAUUUCUGGCCUUGGUUUACGAGAAUCGUGCUCAAGAAGAGGUGGGAGGAGUUUUUCCGUCUCCGAAAAGCCCAGGAAGACGUGCUGCUUCCUCUGAUCCGAGCCCGAAAGCUAAACAAGAGUGACGAUUCUGUAUUGUCUUACGUCGACACGCUCUGGGACCUCGAGCUUCCCGACGAGAAGAGGAAGCUGACCGAAGGCGAAAUCAUUAGCCUCUGUUCUGAGUUCCUCAAUGCCGGAACCGAUACUACCUCCACCGCGUUGCAGUGGAUCAUGGCCAACGUUGUCAAGUAUCCAACUGUGCAGGAGAAGCUUUUGGCUGAGAUUAAAGGGGUUGUGGAGGAAACAGAGGAGGAGGUGAAGGAGGAGGACUUGCAGAAGAUGCCUUAUUUGAAAGCUGUGAUCUUGGAGGGUCUACGACGUCACCCGCCGGCGCAUUUCGUGCUGCCGCAUUCCGUCACGCACGACGUCGUUGUGGAAGGUCACGUGGUGCCCAAGAACGGGACGGUGAAUUUCAUGGUGGCGGAUAUGGGUUGGGACCCGGCAGUGUGGGAGGACCCUAUGGAGUUUAAGCCGGAGAGGUUUUUGAGUAAGGGAGAAGGAGAAGGGGUUGACAUAACGGGGAGUAGGGAGAUCAAGAUGAUGCCGUUUGGGGUUGGGAGGAGGAUUUGCCCUGGACUUGCCUUGGCAGUGCUUCAUCUCGAGUAUUUCGUGGCGAAUUUGGUGUGGAAGUUCGAGUGGAGAGGUGUGGAGGGAGAGGAUGUUGAUUUUGCGGAGAAGCAAGAGUUCACCAUGGUCAUGAGAAAUCCAUUGAAGGCUCAAAUAUCACCUAGAGUUAUGAAAUGAAUUAAAUCAGCAGGGUUCUGGGAUUAAUUGUAUGUAGUUAUUAUGAGUUGAGCUUAGACUUAAUGUGGUUUAAAACCAGUAUCAUAUAUAUUUGUUUGAUAGUACAACCAGUAUCAUGUAUUGUUCCAAUUACUAAUCAUGGUAGUAAGUCUUACCAGUUUAUAUGUUUACAUACGGUACUUCUCUAGAGCUAUAGAUGCAGAUUUUGUUGUUGAGGUC